ACGACUUUGGACACACGAUGUUCCACCAUCGCCUAUUGACCACAUCUGCGGAAAUGAAAACCACUUUGAACGUCUCGUUGUCGCUGCAAGACGCCAUGGAUGUAGUCAGAGAAUGGACUGGAGCUGAGCUGGUAAACGAAUCUUCGUCAACGAGCAGUCAAACGGAUGAUGAGGAGAGAAUGGGAGGCUCUCUGUUGAUGCCUGUUUGGGCAUACCAAUCAGCUGCUGCCUACCUGGUUCUGAUCAGCAUCGUCGGUGUAUUCAUAAAUAUCCUCGUCAUCAUUGUUAUUCUCAACGAUCCGCUGAAAAUGACGGCACUCAAUUGGAUGUUGCUUAAUUUGGCUUGUUCCGAUGGAAUCAUUGCUGGUUUUGGGGCUCCUAUUUCAGCAUCGGCGGCUCUUCAUCUUGACUGGCCGUUUAGUGACAAGUUGUGCAUCGCCUACGCCAUGAUCAUGUCCACCGCAGGGAUAGGAUCGAUAACAACUUUAACCAUUUUAGCCCUGUGGCGAUGUCAGUUGGUCGUCUAUUGCCCAGCUAAGCGGACCAGCGCUGUUGCAAACAACGGCGGAAGACUGAGACCUUGCCGGGCCGUUCUUUUACUGACCAUCAUCUGGACGUACUCGUUAGCUGUGACUUGCCCGCCUCUCUUCGGAUGGGGUAGAUACGACAGAGAAGCUGCUCACAUCAGCUGCUCGGUGAAUUGGGAAUCUAAAAUGGACAACAAUCGGCUGUACAUUUUGUACAUGUUUGCCUUUGGAUUAUUCGUUCCAUUGGCAAUCAUCGUCGUUUCUUACGUCAGCAUCUUACGCGUCGUCAAAAAGACGAAAGAGAUGAGAAGAAAAACACAAGCCGCUGUGACCGGGUACAAGCACCAAAGCCAACAUGUCAUUACAGCGGGAACAACGUCCCCCAACCAUCCCAUCCACGAACGACAGAGUCAGCGGGUACGUAACAUCCAGAAGACGAGUAGCAACGAUGCGGCCGAGAAACGCGUGACGGUCAUGGUGGCCUGCAUGGUCGGCGCGUUCAUGACGGCCUGGACGCCAUAUUCCAUUUUGGCUCUUUACGAGGCAUUCGCUGGCCAAAUCGGCAUUCCAUCCAAUAGCAAUUCGACAUCGCAAGGAAACGAGUUCCAUUACGUUGGAACAAUUUCGGCCGGAUUCGCCACCAUCCCGUCGCUGUUCGCUAAAACGUCGGCUGUUUUCAACCCGCUGAUUUACGGGCUGCUCAACACUCAGUUUCGUGCGGCCUGGGAGAAAUUUUUCGUUCGAUUUUUGGGUGGACGGCAUCGGGAACCAGAGGCGGCUGAAAUCAAUUCCCGCUGUGAAAGACGAAAGAACUGGUGUCAGCUGUUCGAACGCGGGACAUCGCCCACGCUGAAACCGUCCGUGACUGUCCGUUUAUCGAUGAAACAAAUUCAUUUCGACGAAUCGCAAUCGAUUUACAUCGUUGCUAAUCCGCGACCUUUAAUCGCUAGCCCCCCACUUGGCCUUUUGGUCCAACAAGUGGAUCACCGACGGCUACCAUCACCGACGCGGAUGUCUUCAUCGGCGGCUGAUGAUGAAACGACCAUCGAUCAUCAACAGUCGAUUCAGAUGAGAUCGUUAAAGAAUUCAGAGUUGCAGAAACCUGUGCAUCAACAAGAGGCGUCAAUCAAGUAGACGUCCAUGGUCCCAGCGAUAGUCAAGUAAGAAUCUAUUUGAAACGUUCCAAAACAGAAACGCCCUGUGGUAAAAAGUGGUUCAUUUUGGGACAGUUUGUUCCAGAU